UUUGCAGACGUUUAGAGUUGUUUUAUUAAAAUCGAUAUGAUUGAUUUGGAUUUGCAGAUAAAACGCAAGAACGCUUUUAAGCAGUUAAAGUUGACACAGCGUUUGGUAUUAAUUAAACUGCAUUUAUGCCGGACGUGUAUCAGUAAUGACAAAAAAUUUAUGAAGAAUGAAACGAUGACAAAUAUGGAUCAAGAUACUACUGAAUUGCGUGAAGAUAGUACCAAAAAUAUUUCUCACGAUUUUGAUUUUUACGCUUUGAAGAAAAUUCGCAUCAAGCAAAACCGAAGACUUGUUGUUUUUUCGAUUGUUUUGAUCAUUUUGUUGGUUCUGCUGGUUGUUUUUGUGAUAUUGUACAUGAACGCAAAGAAAAGUGCAAGCGAUGGCAUCAAAGCAAAGCAUACAGCAAACGAUCCAUGUGACUUGAUUCAGUGCGCCCCAAAUGCUAUAUGCGUGAAAAACAAAUCGCCAAACACAAAUUGCAUUUGUAAGCAAGGCUUUGUAGGUGAUGGUUCUGAUAAAUGCCGAGACAUAAAUUUUGUGGUUAGCUUCAAGCAGCGUACAAUUCAAAAUAUUCCAACAUUGCACAACAUCACAUUUCCUCAAGCUGACUACAUUUCCAUAUGCUUUUGGUAUAAAUUGCGAGUUUCACCAGGCGGGGGGUAUAAAGGAGUCGUAUCAUACACCAUCAGUGGGAAAGAAGACUUUAUGGUUUGGUUUCACACUAACACAAUGACGGUCAUUUCACACAAUGUGACAACCCGCUCACCUCGGAAAUUUGUAGUAGGAAAGUGGAUAAAUUUUUGUUGGACCGGUCAAUCGGGAAAAACGUGGCAGUUGUACCUUGAUGGUAAAGAAUUUCACUCCGGACGAAUGGAAAAAGGUACAUGGAGAUUACCAAAAACAAAAGGAAGUUUGUAUCUGGGUCAAGACCACGAUGAUAACGUAAUAGACUCGCCUGGACAGAUGUUUGAAGGGGAAUUGAGUGAAUUGUUUAUUUAUAAAGGAAAGCUAAGCAAGCAAGACGUACUUAAUUCAUACAAUCACAAACCUCGCUUAAAUGAUGUUAUUGUUGGAUGGGGCAAUUUAAAAACAAAACAUCUGGGACACAGAUUGUUGAAGAACAAUCUCCAUUUUAUAGUUGUAAAGCGUAACAGUGAGACGCAAGCUUAUGUGUGAACAUUUUAUAUUGAUAAAAUCUUUUCUGUAUUUUCAGGCACUUAGAACUUAUUAAGUUUUAGUCGUGGGCUAGCACUAACCCCCAUUACCACGAGAUGUAAAACAAAUAUUUAAGAAGAGAAAGCACAUUUUUUUAACCCAUCA